AUGCAGUCUGAAGAUGCUGCUUCAGUAACAACAGACUGGAUCAUCUUGCUGCACACACCUGAGGAAGCAGGUCUCCCGUCGCCUUUUGCGCACAGCCUCACAGGCCUGGAGGAUAGGGAUAUCAACAAGUGUCCACAGUGCAGACAGUCCUUCACACCAAGGCCUCUCCUGCAGAAGAACAUCGUGUUAGCGCAGUUAGUGGAGGAACUGAAGAAGACUGGACACCAAGCUGCUGACCUCUGCUAUGCUGGACCUGAAGAUGUGGCCUUCAUCUGUUCUCUCUGUGCUGUGGACCAUCACAAAGACCACAACAUCGUCUCAGCUGCAGCGGAGAGAAGAGAGCGAGAGAAAGACAUGGAUCAGUGUCGAGGAAGGAUCCAGCAGAGGAUUCAGGAGAGAGAAGAGGAUAUGAGGCUGCUUCAGCAGGAGGAGAAGAACAUCAUCAUCUCUGCUGAUAGAGCAGUGAGGGACAGUCAGAUCUUCAGCCAGCUGAACAUCAGGAGGAGAAUGCCGAAUGUGGAACAGCAGAUCAGAUCCCGGCAGCAGACUGAAGCAGCUCAAAUCCGAGGACUCCAGGAGCAGCUGGAGCUGGAGAUUGCUGAGCUGAAGAAGAAAGAUGCUGAGCUGCAGCAGCUGUUACAAACAGACAGCUACACAAUGUUUCUUCAGAGCUCAUCCUCACUCUCAAGGGUCAGUGAAGACACACUCUCCUCCUCGACUCACGUACGUCCUCGUGUCUGCUUUGAGGAAGUGCUAGAAGCCAUGUCAGCCAGAGACAGACUCCAAGACAUUCUGAGACACACGUGGACCAAAUGCACAGUGAUGCUGUCUCUAGAGACAAGAGCUCAGUUCCUCAGAUACUCUCGAGACAUCACUCUGGAUCCAAACGCUGCGCACUCUGGGCUGUUGCUGUCUGAAGGAAACAGGAGAGUGACCUUUAUGGCCGAGGCUCAGUCUCCUCCUCAUCAUCCAGAUAGAUUCACGGAUCAUCCUCAGGUUCUGAGUAAAGAGGCUCUGACCGGACGUUGUUACUGGGAGGUGGAGGGCACAGGAGAGGUUGAAGUAGCAGUCGCAUACAAGACCAUCAGCAGAUCAGGAGAAGAAAGUAGACUUGGAGUCAAUGACAAUUCCUGGUCUUUACGCUAUGAAACACCUUUGCUGUCAAGUGUUCCGUCGUCCAGAGUGGGAGUGUACCUGGAUCACUGUGCUGGUCUUCUGUCCUUCUACAGCUUGUCUGAAUCCAUGACGCUCCUCUGCAGAGUCCAGACCAGCUUCACUCAGCCUCUGCAUGCUGGAGUCUGGUCCAGGACCACGUGCGAGUUCCUGAAGCUGAACUAG